CUCCUCCUCUCCGGUCCACAGCAGACCCCCGAGCCCCUGAGGCAUUCUCUCCAUCUUCGGAACACGCCAGUCAUUCAUUGAUAACAGGGAAUUAUGAGGGACCCUGUGAGUAGCCAGUACAACUCCUUCCUUUUCUGGAGGAUGCCCAUCCCAGAACUGGAUCUGUCGGAGCUGGAAGGCCUGGGCCUGUCAGAUACAUCUAUCUACAAGAGCACAGACAGCAACGGUGUCAAAAUGGGCGGUCAAGCAAGCGGAGCAGAGCAGAAGAACCCAGAAGGUGAUCCCCUCCUUGAGUUCAGCACCUUCAACUUCUGGAGAGCUCCCAUUGCCAGCAUCCACUCUAUCGACCUGGACUUGCUCUAAGGCCAAAGCUUCUCUCUCCCACCCCUUACCCCACUGCCUUCCCUUUUAAGCCCGGUCCUUUCUAAGCCUUUCCAUCUAAUACUGUUCUCUUCCCUCUAUUGUGCUGGUGGUGCUGAUGAAUCUGCCAAUUGAA